AUGCUAUUGAUAGGAAAGACAGAAUGUGGGAGCCAUCUGAGGAAGGGUUCCGUCAAUUGAAAAGAUUGGUAAUUGAAAAUGAAUAUUUGGAACGUUGGAAUGCCGUGGGUGACAAUUUCCCUAGGCUAGAAUGCUUAGAGUUACGUACAUGCGACCAUUUGCUAGAGAUCCCUAGUGGUUUUGCCGAUAUCAUCACACUAGCACUGAUUCAGUUAAACUGCUGUUGGGAUUCCGUUCUGACUUCCGCAAAGUUGAUUCAAGAAGAGCAAUACAGCAACUAUGGAAAAGCCCUCCUUGUUCGUUCGGAAAAUAUUAUGACGAAGCCUGUAAACAACAAAGAGGAACAAUGGGAUGGGGAGGAAGAGAGUGAUCUUUUGCAGGAUUAGGCAGGUAUUUGGCAGAAUAUAUACUCUGUUGCAAAUCACACUAUUAUAAAUUUUA